UCUCUGUCUCCCUCUCCCCCCCUCUGCAUUUGCUGACAUACGACAAACGAAUCCCAUGGCAGUCUGAAUCCAUCGUCGCGGAAAGCAAGGAGGCGGAGGAGGAGAGGCAAAAAUAUGAGCUACCAGAUAGCUCCUCAGGACCCUUCCCCGCCACCAGGGUACCCGUCUGCUCCCCACCCGCCGCCGAAUUACCCUUCGGCGCCGCCGCCGCUCGAGGCCUACCCGUACACUCCCACGGCGGGGCCGCCGCCGCCGCCGCCUCAACCACCCUUCGAGGGUUACCAGCGGUACUUCGCCGGAGGGUAUCCUCCGCCGCCGCCGCAGCCGCCGUCGCCUCCUCGUUACCCCCACCACCACGGCGAUGAUCACCACUGUAAUGAUCAGCCGGGUUGUGCUCCCCUUUUGCAGUGCUGCUGGGCUGUGCUAUGCUGCUGCUGUAUGAUGGAGGAAUGCUGCUGCUGUAUGAUGGAGGAAUUCUGCUGCUUUCUUCGCUGAAGACAGAUGACUUACAAUAUUCGAUACACUGCCCAUGGAUCGGAUCACUAUUAUUGAAGAAUGUUGUUGAAUCUGGUAUACUAGCUCAAAUGUUUGGAGACUACUUCACAUGAACUCGUGUGAUACAAUCUUGCUUAUGGGGAUUCUUGCCUCCUUUUUCAGACAAUCUUAACAUAGGCAUCUUUCUUCGAGCUUUCUAUCA